AUGGACACCACAGCUCCAACAAAUCCUGCAGGUGUGCCUAUCUCCGAACUAGGUGAUGACGACACGGAGUCCGCCCGCUCGAGAUCGAAUCUGGGCGCAGAGCUUCCGGUUGUCACCGCCCGGGAGGGUCGGGUAGCUCUCACUGAGCAGACGCUUCGUUCACAUGUUGGGUCCCUCGGACCUCAACCAGCAUACGUACCGUCACGAGCGUCGCUGACACAUCAGCCCUCACCCACAGUCGUAGGCUAUUCUCCGGUGCCUCCAACGCACACCUCCGUCCCAACUGUUGUGAAUCAGUUGUAUCAGCAUCAGCAAAGUGUUCUGAUCAGUGCGGAUCCGGCACUGAUAAUGGACACAGCAAAUGCCAGACAUGCUGAAGCCGUUCGUCACAUCCAAAGCGAAAACAGGGAGCAGAUGCUUGCUUUGGAAACAGGUGCCAUGAGUCAAGUCGCUCAGCUGAGGCUUGAGCAUGCUCAGUUACAAUCAAAAGCCAGAGCCUUUGAAGAACAGGCUAAUCAAAACCUCCAUGCUGGUCGGCAGGCCGUAGCCCAAUACCAGAUUGAGGCUGAAGCAGCUGCUGCUGAAGCUGAACAGCUAAGGCAGCGCCUCUUGUCCGCUGAACAGACAGCAGCGAAUGUUGUCGCCCAGGUGGAAACCGAGGCUAAUCGCAGGCUGCAGGCUAAUCAAGCCGACGUGUCAGCUCGUGACAACGAGCUCUCUCGCCUUAAAGGUGAGAUGCAAGAGAUGAUGAGGAUUCAAGCCCUCAACAUGGAGAUGCUGCAAAAGGACAAUGCCGAGCUAAGAACACGCUUGGCGGAAGCCAAAGCUGACCCAUUGGGCAAUGAACCGGAACAGGCCGGGCCUCCUGGUCUAGGACCCUUUCCGAUCCAUACUCCUCCUGGCGAACCACAUGAAGCGCCUGAAAAGAGCGGAAGUGGUCAUGAUGACGAAGAUGACAUGGAUUACCUCGGUCGUAUCCUUGAGGAGGAAGGUUCUGAUCUGGAAGAGAUGCCUAAGGAUGAUCCGGGUACCACUUACAUUUGUUCUGGUUCCCAUGAUCGCGCCAGUGCUAUGGCCGCUGUGCAACGCGUCAGGGAUAAGAAUGAAGCCAAGAAAGAAGCUAAGAAGCAAGCAUUCUAUGAUAUCAACCAUUGGGUGAUAAUCAAGGUCAUCUAUGACAUGUCGUCCUUUCUGCAACAAGCCAUAGACAAGUACAAGCAGCUUGCUGGCCCUGAGUACCAUAACCUCAAGAAGGCUGAAGUGAAAGGCAAGCUGUUGGGAAAGAUCACUGUCACCGGUCUUCAAGAGCUUGACGAUGGUAAGUGGUUUGCGUACCAAUCAGAUGUUGCUUGGGAAGAAAGGGACAUGCUUGAUGAGAAAUCGGCAGCGGCCACCAGCGAUUCGAUCGCCCGGCAGACGCCGAGGAAGGCAAUCAUCCAGUUAGCCCGGGAUUACCACAGGGCUGGCGCCUCUGUACUUCUUUGGUUCCAUCAACGGAAUCCGGGGGGUACAGACAAGGAUCAGGACGAGCUCAAUAACAUCAUGUUCUCCAAGACUUGGGCUUCAUUUGUUGACAUCGCCGAUGCUCUUAAGAAGUACAAAGCGAGGUUCAUCAUUACGUGGCCCAGGGACAGCGUGUUCUGGGGAUGGCAGCGUGUCAAGAGGGUAAUUGAUGGCUAUGGUUUUAGCAAAACUCACCUUAAGCCGAUGGUUGAAGUUGCUGACUUUAAGCCUGAAGUCAUUGCCCAUUACACGUUAGCCUCCAACACGAAGAGUCUUGUUGAAUUCUUGAGACGAGGAUUGAAGGUUAGUGCCAAGAAAUCAGAGUCCCAACACUACUUCAAAGGCACCCUUACUGCGAUCCUCAGUCGUGUUUUUGAUGAUCAUGAAUCCCACAAAUCAGAGAGAAAUCAGACUCACGUUGUAGCUGUUGCGCUCAAGAUUCAAGCAUCCCCAACAUCCUCUCUUUCGCUCCUUCCCAUUGCGAACAUGUCCUCUGCCCAGAGCACCCGUGACGCUCUUGCACAGGGAACCGCAGCCCGGGAGGGUGUGCAGACUGCUGAGGAGUUGCAGUAUGCAGCGGCAGAUCGUGAGGAACGCAUUCAGGCGUAUCGUGCCGCACUCAAGAGUGCCGAUCGCCUGGCUGACGCCAUGGUCGGAAUCACCCACCUUGCUCGGCACACCGACCUUGCUGAGGUGUUUGAUGAACCCGGGGCUGACGCCGACGGUGAUGAAAUGUUCCUUGGGAUCAUGACGGUGAAGGAAUGGCGCGACAUGCGUGUGCAUGCGCCGAAUGCGCCCUGGACUGCACUGUACGAAGCCUGGUUCCGUCACUAUGCUUGCCGCCAGGGCAACCUGUACAUGCAGGACCAACGCAACACCUCCCUGACGGGAUGGUCAGCCCUCAUCCUUCAGCACAUUAAGGAUUUGGGUAUCCUCGGAUGGGGUGUUAACUUCGAGAAUGCCAUCAAUAAGACGGCAAUGUAUGACAUUUGCCAUAGGGUCCACAUUCUUUCAGAGGGUAGCGGUACCUUCCCACUGUUUCCUGCGAGCUCAGCUCUCUUGGACGGGCUCUACAGCCCAGCCUUGGGCAGGAUUUCCGCGCCCCCCACGGCGGAAGCCGGUGGUUUCGGCGGCACCGACAUUCUUGUGGCCGGGGACUCAUCCUUGGCAUUGUGCUGGAUGCAAGGAAAACGGUGUGUGAAGAAAACCACUAUCUUCCCGAUGAUGCAGGACAUAGUCCGCGCGAACCCAGAGUUCGGGGAAGUCACAUGCCUGAUGGAGUGGGGCAAAGGUCUCGACAAGAUCAUCGAUGUGAUCGAGCCGCAGCGUGAGCUGGACGAGAUCGAGCAUUGGCCCGCGAAACAGCGGCUGAUGGUCGAGAAGAGCGUCCGCCGUCUCAUCGAGCUGCGGAAGCACACUCGUGUCAGAGGCCUGACGGUUCUCUUGGGAGAUGACAACGGUCGUUUUUACAACCUGCCCAGCGAGUAUGAUGAUGAAAUGGGCAAGUACGCCCGGCAGUUGCAGAGCGCAGGCAUUAGCGUCGUUGAUCCAUCAAGCCUCCUGAUGAGGACCACACGUCCCGACGGGUUCCACAUCGAGGUCACUGACCCGAAUGUGACUGCAUCCUUGCAGUGGUGGCAUGCUCUCAUCAGAGCCAUUUCCACCGACCGAAUCAUCACUCGCCGGAAGGCUGAGUUCGUCGCCAAUCAGAGAAGUAUUGUGUUCCGCAAUCACUUCGAGCUUGGGAAGGCCGAGAAGACGCUCACGGUGCCGCCUGCAAGCCAGCGCAUCCUUGAGCCGUUGGACCGCGCGCCCGAGCUCCCGGCGGAAGCCAGGGAAGAGGAUGAGCAGAUCGUUCUCGAUCACCCUCUUCUGAUGAUGAUGCCUGAGCCGGUCGAUGAUCUUGAUCUCAAGCCGGAAGGCUCUGAAGAGGCGCAAGAGGACUUUGCCUUUACGGUGGCACGUGAUGUCAUCAACACCACAAAUGUGCUUAUCCCUGACGGUGAUGCCAUUGAGAAGGAGGCCACUGACGGCAUCCCCACGGUGUGGGACGAACCCCCUGAGGUUCCGGCAUCGGAAGAUGACCGCAGACUCCCGAAAGGCACAGUCAGGUAUUCGCAGGCCCUUCGCAAAGUCGGGUCGACGCCCAAGUCGAAACCCGAUCCUGCCAAGCACAGGAGAAUCUCGGAGCCAGUCGAGACCGACGACGAAGAGGAUGUCGUUAUGGACCUGGAUCCUGAUGACAUCGCUCAGCCGUCGGAAGACGCUGCUGUUGACUUCGAGCCAUUCUUCGAAUGGUGGGGCUAUGAAGACAUCCCCGAUUUUGCCCCAAGCCAUCGCUACAUGACAGAUGGCAAGCGGCGGGCAUUGAGCAAUGCCAUGAGCUUUUUCCUUCGCGGCUUCGCGAAUAGUGCAGAGUCACAGGCGCAGAGGCGGCCACCGCCCAUGAUGACCUUCGACCCCGCAACACGGGAGGUCGAAUGGGACCACUUCAAAGAACAGUUGGGCAAACAGUGGCGCGGUCUCCGGUCGGAAGACGUCAUGGAAGUGGUUAAGUAUGGGAACCACGACAAAGAUGACAAUGGACGCUUUGAAUUGCGCGUCCUUCACUUCAUCGACCACACUGAGAUUCAUGGAAUCCGUGCAUUCCAAGGGCACUGCCGCGAUCUCAUCUCUGACGAGACUGAUCUUGUGGAUAUGCACAGUGACAGCUAUGCUUUGUGUGACGACUACAGGCCCACCAUGCAUACGCGUCCUCCCGUGGGAGUCACUGGCCAAAUCCACAACGACUGGGUCAGAAUGCAUCCGAUCGGGUACCAUGCGACCUACUGGAGCAAUUUCUCCAAUAUCGUAAGUACCGGUCUCAUCCCAGGCGGUGUCACCCUCGGCGGAAGCACGGGGAGAGCCUUCACCAUGAUGGCUUGCCUCCCUCAGUGGGAAAGGCCGAACAACGCAGGCCUGCGACCUGGCGCUGAGGUUGAAUUCGCUAUCGACCUUCAACUCGCGUGCCUGGAAGGGUGUCGCAUUCUCCUGACAAAGAACAAUGUUCUGCAGACCCCCGAUUGGUUGUCCAAUCGCUACCUUAUGUUUGCUUACGAUCGCAGAACCGGGAAACCCGUAUGGUUUAACCGCUCGUACGAGCUCACGCGAGCUCGAGUGUCCAAAGCCCGUGAUGCAUACGUCAAGCGUCAGGAGAUCCUGCCGGUCUUCAACCAAGACCUCAUCGAACGCGCAGCGGAAGCUGACGCCAAUUGCAUCAUGGAUUACGUUGAUCUCUGUUACCCGAUCCACAAUGAAAAUUUGGACUGGGUUGAGUUCUUGGGUAUGUUCCUGGACAUGCAGAAGCCCUCGCACUUGCGUGAGGUUGAGCAGUUUCAUGUCGAUGGUCGUACCAUCUGCUUUGAGCAGGGUAGUCCGCUGGAGGGAACUCCGUGCGAAUGGACUUUGGAUGCCCAGGUCUAUUUCUCGCCUAUCGGGCUGACCACCGAGCGCCCGUUGCGUGUGGAGCGCAAGCACUAUUCAGUGUGCCUCAACGUCAGCUUCCCAAAGCUGCGUUGCCCUGAUGAUAGGUGCAGGUCUCAGAUGCUUGACGGCUAUCUUUAUUGCCCCCGCUGCCAGCGGAAGUUGUUCAAUCCGAGCGACAUCUCCCACAUUGCGGAGCUGGCUGAUCUGCGGGCGGAAGCCGCGCAAGGUGGAGCUAACCACAGUCUCCACUAUCUGGCACCGAGAGCGGCUAUCAACACUCGUCCACACGAGCACACCCGUCAGGGGGCCGAUGUGAAGAAAAGCAUCGCUGCAACACUCAAGGAGAAGUGCAAGAAGAUGGUGGCGAAAGCAGCAGAAGGGACGCAUGGUUCCCUGCGCCAGAACUUGAAGUACGAACCCUUCAGCGCCUUCAAUGUGUUUUCGAAGGGGAUGACGGUGACUUCACUCGACGAAGUCGAGAUGUUCGCGCGUUUGCGACUUCCCGCCCCGGGAACGGGGACGGAGGCAAAGAGGGGCUUUGCCGGAUCUCACACGUCCGACGCUCGCACUGCCCUCAUUUUCCCUCCCGUCGACGACAUGAUUCGCGGUGAGUACAAUUACCAGAGGAACAUCUUUCUUGAGCUGGCCAAACACUGCUAUUUCUGUUUCCAAGACCGCUUUUACUUGGUCCCCGAAAUUGCUGUGUUGAUCCGCGCCACUCAGUUGGCCUCUGAGGUUCGCAAUCUGCGUCCGUUCACAAUCCUCCGCCAUGACGGCGUCGAGUACCAGCCCGUGACCGGGACUGUCCCUGAGAUUAUGGCCGACCUCGUCGGUUUGCUCCGCAACAAUGCACAGCACGCUCUCACCCACAAGGAGCGCAACCAGCAAAGGGUUACUGUGCAAGUCGGAAUCGGGCAGACUCCCUUGGAGAUUCCAGCAUCGCUGGGAACUAUGGGCAGGUCACAGAUGCUUGAGCUUCUUGGCGGUACGCGGUUCAGUGUUGAGCGUACCCGCGGUUGGAUUAAUCGUGAGGUGGAAGACCGCAUGGUCCGGCACGGUGCCACUCCCAUUGGCGCCAUGCGUGUGCCGCCACCGCCACCGACACCAUCCGGAAGGACUGGUCCUGAUACGUCGCUGCCUGCAGCAACACCCAGUGUUCGGCCUCCACCGGCUCCCCCGAGCCGAGGUCGCUCACCUGGCGGCGCAGCUUCAUCUUCCACGGAUCGUCCGAUGAGCACUUCUGUCCCAAAAGCUGCAAAGACCAAGGCAAGGCCGGCAUCUGCCCGAAGCAUUACGCCGCCUCCUCCUAAGCCAAGUGCCAACAGGCCAGUGCAGCCGCCUUACCCACCUGCUGCAAAAGCUGUUCCGAAGGCUGACGCCGUUCGCGCACCUGAGGAAUACAUCACUGCUGAUGAGUGGGACAACUACUUUGCCGGCCGUGGCGAGGUCAGAGGCUUUGCUGUUGGUGAUGCACCUGCACCGGUUGCAGCCCCUGCAGGGCCACCUGCCUCAGCCGCCGGAGGGCGUGCUCGCACUCGCUCACCACGCCGCCACGACUAUGGUGGGGGCCGAGAUUACCAAGAGGCUGCCAACGACAGGUUGCGCCACUUGCGCCUGCUCGAGCACCUGGCGGUCACUCUCCCAGGCUUCCCAGCUGACCGCUUGAGGAACUGGACUGACCAGGACGGGAACGGAUUUGAUCCAACCCAACCAAUGCCUCGCAAUUGCACCCGCACAGAUGCUUGGUAUUGGGGAGUUCUCCGUGCCCGCUACCUUGAAGAGCUGUCGCCCAACGAAGUGCCUUUUGUUAUUCCCGCUUACACCGACCGGGAGGUUUUGGUUCAGCAUCCUGUCGAGCAGAUCACCUGGUUCCUGCGUGGCUGGGAGGAGUUUCGCCAAGACUCCAAUGGAGCAUGGUACAGGGCAUACUAG